GGCGCCUGCGCAGGGUCUCCGCGGGCCGCCUCGGGCUUUGGGGCUGGGGAGGAAGAGGCUGGGCGGUAAACAGGAAGUGGGCGCUCCGAGCUGGGGGGUGGCUCGCAGGAAACAGCUGGAGAAGAUGACACAUUGGUUUCAUAGGAACCCAUUAAAAGCCACAGCUCCUGUUAGUUUUAACUAUUAUGGUGUAGCCGCUGGCCCUGCUGCUUCAAAAAUUUGCAGUGACUUGAGAUCAUCCAGAGCACGCCUGCUUGAACUCUUCACUGAUCUGAGCUGUAAUCCAGAAAUGAUGAAGAAUGCAUCAGAUUCCUAUUUUUCACUUUUACAAGGUUUCAUAAAUUCAUUGGAUGAAUCUACCCAAGAAAGCAAGUUACGAUAUAUUCAAAAUUUCAAGUGGACUGAUACAUUACAGGGGCAGGUUCCAAGUGCCCAGCAGGAUGCUGUUUUUGAAUUAAUUUCCAUGGGAUUUAAUGUAGCUUUGUGGUAUACCAAAUAUGCUUCUAGACUGGCUGGAAAAGAAAACAUAACAGAAGAUGAAGCGAAAGAAGUCCAUCGAAGCCUAAAAAUUGCUGCGGGGAUUUUUAAACAUUUAAAGGAAAGUCAUAUCCCAAAGCUUAUUACACCUGCAGAAAAGGGGAGAGAUUUAGAGGCACGACUACUAGAAGCUUAUGUUGUCCAGUGUCAGGCUGAAGCUCAAGAAGUAACCAUCGCUCGAGCAAUUGAACUGAAGCACGCUCCUGGACUGAUUGCUGCACUGGCAUAUGAAACUGCCAACUUCUAUCAAAAAGCUGAUCAUACUUUAUCCAGUUUGGAGCCUGCGUAUUCUGCUAAAUGGAGGAAGUAUCUUCACUUGAAAAUGUGUUUCUACACAGCUUAUGCUUACUGUUAUCAUGGUCAGACUUUGUUGGCUAGCGAUAAAUGUGGUGAAGCAAUCAGGUCCCUCCAAGAAGCAGAAAAAUUUUAUGCCAAGGCAGAAGCAUUGUGCAAAGAAUAUGGAGAAACCAAAGGACCCGGCCCAACGGUCAAACCUUCAGGACACUUAUUCUUCAGGAAACUUGGAAAUCUUGUGAAGAACACCCUAGAGAAAUGUCAGAGAGAAAAUGGAUUCAUUUACUUUCAAAAAAUUCCAACCGAAGCUCCACAACUGGAACUCAAAGCAAAUUAUGGUCUCGUAGAGCCUGUACCUUUCGAAUUUCCUCCUACAAGUGCACACUGGACACCAGACACGCUGGCCGCAUUUGAUCUCACCAAAAGACCCAAGGAUGACAGUACCAAACCCAAACCAGAAGAAGUGGUGAAGCCUGUGAAAGAACCAGAUAUCAAACCUCAGAAGGACACGGGAUGCUAUAUCUCCUAAAGUACAUUGAGAAAAUGGGCACUUUGAAUUUCUUUACUAGUAGCUAAGAGAAACCAUGGAACUUCAUAUUUCUUGAAAUGUUUCCUCUGAAGCCUGUAGAAUGAUUUAGUACAUUCAGAGGGAAAUCUGCCUUCAGUUUAUUUGUUCUUAACUUUUAAUGUAGUAGAGUUGUUUCAUGCUUUGUUUCCAGAUGCCUUUUUAAUCAGGACAACAUGUAAAAGAUUUUAUCAUGCCCCUGAAGGGCCUAUUUUGUUGUUGGUUUUUGUCUCUGAACUCUGGGUAGUAAUAAGUUUCUGGUUAAUAUAGGCCAGAAUCAUGUGGUUUCAGGUAUGUUUUUCUGUCCUCACACACACAAAAAGUUUAUUUUCCUUUCUCUUAUUUGAUGCCAGAAGAAGGAGAGGAGUUGGUUUUUAACGGAGAGGUUUUCCCCCUUCACCAUUAUGUUGUCACACAGACUUAUGUUCUGAGUCUGUUAUCUUUUCUGGUAGAAAAGUUAUUUAGAGUUGAAGAUCAGAAAAUCUUCUACCAAAUCUCUCACAUAUAUAAGAAGUGAUAAUUUGUUCAAAAAUCAGUGUUCAUAAGUAUUUUGAGACCAUUUAAGAACUUACCCCAGGGGUGAUUGUCUGGCUUAGUUGGGGGAGCAUGUGACUCUUGAUCUCAGGGUUCUGAAUUCAGGCCCCAUGUUGGACAUACAAAUAACUCCAGUAAAUAAAUAAAUCUUAGCAAAAAAAAAAAAAGUACAUACUCCUAUUCUGGUAGUCUUGCACUUUAUUUCAAUCUCAAUGAACCUACAAUGAUUUUUACAAGUACCUUUCCUAGUAGGUUUUUUUACUUAGAGGACAGAGCUUUGUGACAUCUCUUAAUGAACAAAGAAUGAAAAUGUUUUUGCAGAAGUAAGAUAAUGCAUGAUAUAAAGAAGAAAUUUGAAACCUAAAUGGAGGUAGGUUGUCCUGAAUUACACUGGUAACUACAUUUUGGCAACAGAAGUUAUGGUGAAAUGCCUUUGUUACCUGACUUCAGUGUGCAUUGUUUCUAUAUGGUUUUCUAAUACACGUGUCCUGUCCAAGUUGUAUUGCUUUAGGCCAGAGGCCGUAACAAAAACUUAAAGAGCAAACAUACAGUAUGUUCUUAAAAGUAGCUCGUAAUACUGAAGUCAUUAGUUUAGCAUAUACACAAACCUGGGAAAUAGUGGAUGCAUAAUACUUUUAACAAAAGUCACACAUCUGUAGGUUUAUCUUUUGAAUAUUCUUCUGGGGUGUUAGCUGAUUUUCCUUAUCAUAAAUGACUGAUUGGUUCACUUAAUAGAAAUCAUAGUAGUGGACACCAGGAGCUUACUAUUUGCCAGGCCCUCUGCUAAACACUGAUCAUGGAUGAACCAUUGAGUCCACACCGCAGUCCUGUGACAAAUAAGUAGAAUCUGCGUAAAGUGUUUAAAUAGUAAUAAACAUUUCAUUAUGAAGAAUAAAUAGGGGCGCCUGGCUGGCUUAGUCAGUGGAACAUACGACUUGGUCUCAGGGUUGUGAGUUCACGCCCCAUGUUGGAUGUAGAGAUUACUAAAAAAAAAAAAAAAAAAAACUUAAGAAGAAAUAGAUUAUGCCUGUCUGAAUCAGUAUUGUGUUCAAAUAAAUGAUUACUUUAAAUCACAAUUUUCACUCUUGAAGAUACUUAGUAUCAGUGAGGAUUCUUUUUUUUUUAAUAAGCAGAGAUGCUAAUUACCCCUUGCUGUAUAACAGGUAAUAUUUGAAACUGCAGAGUCCAAUAAGUGGAAUAAUAACCAGACAUUUAAUUUUAUUUCUCUGUGUAUAGAAAAAAUAUUUUAAUUAAGUUCACUAUAUCUUGUGUGCUACUACAAAAUCACUGGUUUGCGAUAUGCCAUUUACUGAUGGAACUUUAAAUAGUACUUGAUGCCCGCUUGUUGCUCUUGGCCUGUAGGAACUAUUUAUCUUGGGUACUAGGGCAUACUAACCUAGUUAACCGAAUUUCCACAUCGACAUUUUUGUGCAUCAUACCACCAUAUGUGGCAUGAAAAC